CAAGACUUUCAUUUGCAUAACACCACACUCCUCUUUCUUGUGUGCCACCAUCCCUCUGCUUGAUAUCCAUCUUGUCCUGAUCCGUGUACUGUGUGGUUUGCGUCCUCUCAAUCCUUCACCAUUCAUUCACGCCUACUCACAUGUGCAGUCCUGUUUGGGUCUUUGCGUUAUCCAGCUCAGACAGUAAAGCAAGGGAACAUUUUCACUCAGUUUAUUUUUCGGAUUAAAAAAACACCCUUAAAGCCUUUUAGAAAUUGACAGUUUUGAAGAAUUUCUGACUGAUACAAGCGGGACGAAUGAGGACAGAGUCAGACAUUUCAUUUAUUAUUUUACGCAUCAACAAUCGCACGUAGCCUGGAGAGGAUAAAGCUGAAAACGCAUUGUGUUUUUUGAAAAAUUACUUAGCUUUGCGGAAAGUGUCGCCGCGGUGGAACAAGGGGGAUUUUAAUAAGAGGAACUAAUCCGACAGUGUUAAGUUUGCUGAGGUAGGGUAGCCUACCUGUCAGGAAAAAAAUAGCGAAGAAGCACCGUGGAAAGCUACGCGUCAUUUCCAAGACACCAGCGCAACAAGCCAACACCAUUACACCAGCCUGCUGUGUGAAUGGCACACGGGGUGUCUUCCUCUGUUGAACUGGUGCAGGGGAGCCACGCUGUGACCAGGGUCCAGCUGAGAUUCAGGGCUUUCUAGCGAUAUGAAAGAUAAGUUCAUCUCCUGAGGCCACAACUUCCACACUGGGCUGACUCACUGACAACUGCACCCAGAGGUUUGUAUAGACCUUCACAUGUGACGUGGAUUGAACUCCUGCACUAGAAGACUCCAAGCGUCAUCACACUGCAAUGUUUCUGCACAAGCGUAUCCUGAAUUUCACUCCACCUUUCACACCAUGUAUGUUCAUGUCCAUUCUGCUGGUUCUGCUCCCAGGAGUCACUCAUUUCUCCCAGGGCAGCGCCAGUCAUGAAGAUACUGGCAGCACACCCGGCAACUGCUCCAGUGAAGAUAACUGCUCUGAUGGUGUGGUGCUGCCUAUGUGGAACCCCCAAAACCCUGCGGUGGGUGACAAGGUGGCACGCGCCAUUGUUUACUUUGCAGCCCUCAUAUACAUGUUCCUGGGCAUGUCCAUUAUCGCAGACCGCUUCAUGUCUUCCAUUGAGGUCAUCACCUCUCAGGAAAAGGAGAUCACCAUCAAGAAGCCCAACGGUGAGACAACGACAACUACUGUGCGCAUCUGGAAUGAGACGGUAUCCAACCUGACUCUGAUGGCGCUGGGCUCAUCUGCACCAGAGAUCCUGCUGUCUGUCAUUGAAGUACUCGGCCAUAACUUUGAGGCUGGAUCUUUGGGUCCCAGCACCAUUGUGGGCAGCGCUGCCUUCAACAUGUUUAUUAUCAUCGCUAUCUGUGUCUAUGUGGUGCCAGAAAAUGAAACCCGCAAGAUAAAGCACCUGCGGGUGUUUUUUGUCACUGCUGCCUGGAGCAUAUUCGCCUACAUCUGGCUGUAUCUCAUCCUGUCUGUGUUCUCCCCCGGAGAGGUGGAGGUUUGGGAGGCCGUCCUCACCUUCUUCUUCUUUCCCAUCUGUGUGCUGCAAGCCUGGAUUGCAGACCGGCGCCUGCUCUUCUACAAGUACGUCCAUAAGCGUUACCGUGCUGACAAGACCCGUGGCAUUAUCAUCGAGUCAGAGGGAGAUGCCAUGUUCACUAAAAUGGACUUGGAGAUGGACGGCCAGGGCAUGAACUCCCACACUCACCCCAAAGAGGCUCUGGAUGGGAUGCUGGAGGGGGUUGAGGAAGGUGGAGGGAUGAGUGCGGAGCAAGAUCAAGAAGAAGAGGCCCGACGGGACAUGGCUCGCACACUGAAAGACUUAAAACAGAGGCACCCAGAGAAGGACAUGGAGCAGCUGAUUGAGAUGGCCAAUUACCAAGUACUGGUCCAACAACAAAAGAGCCGGGCCUUCUAUCGCAUUCAAGCCACACGUAUGAUGAUCGGAGCUGGGAACAUCUUGAAAAAGCAUGCUGCUGACCAGGCCAGGAAGGUGGUGAGCUGUCAUGAAGCAAGUGGGCAAGAAGAGGAUCCCAACACCAUCUACCUGCAGUUUGAAACCUCUCACUACCAGUGCUUUGAGAACUGUGGCUCACUAAAGCUGUCAGUGAGCCGGCAUGGAGGAGAAAGUGGCUGCACUGUGAAGGUGGACUACCGUACAGAGGAUGCGACUGCCAAUGCGGGCUCAGACUAUGAGUUUGCUGAGGGCACUUUGGUCUUCAAGCCUGGUGAGACAACAAAAGAGUUCACUGUUGGCGUUAUUGAUGAUGAUAUUUUUGAAGAGGAUGAGCACUUCUAUGUGCGCCUAAGUAAUCCGCGUAUCGUGCACCGAGCUGAGGUCUCCGUGCUGGAGCCAAGCUCCAUCACCUCCAGCAACAGCACGGUGGGCAUCUCCUCCCACGUUCCUCCGAAGGCAGCCCUGGGUAUCGCUCACACUGCCACGGUUACCAUCUAUGAUGACGACCACGCCGGCAUUUUUACGUUUGAGAGUAACUCCACGAGGGUCAGCGAGAGCGUCGGCAACAUGCAGGUGAAGGUUCACCGGACGUCCGGGGCGAGGGGGAAGGUGGCGGUGCCCUACCACACCGUCGAGGGCACCGCCAAGGCAGGUGAGGACUACGAGGAGGUGUCCGGCAAGCUGGAGUUUCAGAACGAUGAGACCAUGAAGCUGUUGAAUGUGAAGAUCAUUGAUGAUGAGGAGUACGAGAAGAACAAGACUUUCACAAUUGUGCUGGAGGAGCCCAUCCUGCUGGAGGUGGGACAGAGACACGGAGACACCAAUGAUAACAAGACAGCAGAGGGACCGGAGGAUGUGUCAAAGAUGGGCUGUCCGUGUCUGGGUGAGCACACUAAGCUGGAGGUAGUCAUUGAAGAGUCCUAUGAAUUCAAGAGCACAGUGGACAAGCUGAUCAAGAAGACGAACCUGGCUCUGGUGGUGGGGAGCAGCAGCUGGAGAGAGCAGUUUGUUAGCGCUGUCACUGUCAGCGCAGGUGACGAUGAUGAGGAAGAGAGCGGGGAGGAACGUUUGCCAUCCUGCUUUGAUUACAUCAUGCACUUCCUGACAGUUUUCUGGAAAGUCCUCUUUGCUUUCGUCCCACCCACUGAGUACUGGAAUGGCUGGGCCUGCUUCUUCGUAUCCAUUUCCCUCAUUGGCGUUCUGACAGCUGUGACCGGGGACUUGGCCUCUCAUUUCGGCUGCACCGUCGGUCUCAAAGACUCGGUCACCGCUGUGGUGUUCGUGGCCCUCGGCACCUCUGUUCCAGAUACAUUUGCGAGUAAAGUAGCUGCCAUCCAGGACCAAUACGCUGACGCCUCCAUCGGCAACGUGACGGGCAGCAACGCAGUGAAUGUGUUCCUAGGCAUCGGGGUGGCGUGGACCAUCGCGUCCGUCUACUGGCAGAGCAAAGGCAAGGCUUUCAAGGUAAACCCGGGCUCCCUGGCCUUUUCCGUAACCCUCUUCACCGUCAUGGCGCUGGUAUGUGUGCUGGUGCUGCUCUACCGCCGGCGUCCCAGCGUGUCAGGCGGAGAGCUCGGGGGUCCACGGACACCCAAGCUCCUCACCUUCUUCAUGUUCCUCUCCCUCUGGUUCAUCUAUAUCCUGUUGUCCUCCCUGGAGGCGUACUGCCACGUGCCUGGCUUCUGAGACAGAGAGAAACACAGACACGGCUCCUCUCCUUGUUUUUACAGUCUACUGAAUGUGUUUUCUCUCUGUUUUUGUCUAUUUUCACAAAGGUUUGUAACUAUUUGUAUCAUUAGUUAUUAUUGAUACUGCACAAUAUCUUAUUGACUUUGAAUCUUUGGACUUUGGAACUUUGCUACCACCCACUAUGCUGUGAAGUAUAGCUUUAGCCACUGAAUUUGAACCUCUUCUCAACUUUUCUUUCUUUUUUGAAACAUUAUGUUCCACUGGACAUUUAUCUAAUCAUUGCUAUCAGAAUAAAAUCGCAUCAAACCUUCUGUCACUUGACACGUAAAACUUCUGGCAUCAUGUCCUCUCUUUGUGUGGACAAUUAUUUGAGUUUUUAAGUGUUAAAAAAGCACAAGAUUAAAGCAUUCAGAAGAUUCCUUGUAUUUUGAAGGGUGUUAUAAAAUGGAAAAUUAAAGACGGUGCAUGAGACGACAUUAUACUUGGCAUUUACAUAAAAGGAAAGACAUUCCUGAGGCUGAAGUGACCCGUAAAACAUAUUUGUGUGUUGAUAUUUAUUACUCAAUCUAUACAUUAAUUAUUCAUUGUAUAUCAUGUAAAAGAUUAACAUUGUGCGUGGGAGUUUUGUGAAAGAGUAGGUGUGUUAAUUUUUGCACGUUAUGAGAUUAAGAGUUUCUUGGUAAUCUAUUUUUAAGUACUGUAUGUAAUAUUUUGACAAGGCUGUUGACGUGUUGAUGUGUUCCUGUACAUGUGAAUCACAGCUCUAUCAUAAUCUUUUCACUGCCUGGUCCUUUUCCCCACAAAACUUUCUCAAUCAGUAUCAUGUUCCACAAAAUGCCUUUUUUUUUUUACAACAUAAAUCCUGGUGAAGAGUGCCCACUUUAAAUUGUACCAUGAAGUAUAAAUUCUUGGAGCACAUUUAUGAUUUUUGCGCGUGUGGUGUGUGUGUGUGUGUGUGUGUGCGUGCACGUGCGCUCCUCUGCUCUUCAGCACAAAUUGGCGAAAGGCAUGGCACGAUCUCGUCACUGACUCCACAAAUGGUACAGGUGUUCAUGCAGUCUGAGUAUGGAUAUAAAAAAGGACCAGUUUUCUUAUCUCUCACGCUGACACUGUGAACAUUUUGUGAACAUCACUUUUAGAAAAAGCACAGCAGAGAGCAAAGAGCCACGUUUCAGAUGACUGUAGGGAGACUUAUUAGGUCCUGACACAAUCACCGAACAGGUUCAUCAUUUGGGAUGAAAAAUGUGCUAAAAGAGAAGACAUGUACAGUAUUUGCUGAGAGUUUCUCCUUGUGUCGCACAGCAGUUGAUAUUGAGGUUUGUUUUUUAUUUAACCUAGAAUCUGUAGAGCCAUAUUUAUUGUAACAGUAUUACGGUAGAGGUAUUUAUAUGAUCAAUUUUAGUUUUAUUGAUAUGCAUGUUUAAUGUAUAAAAAGUGGAAAUAAAUGUUGCUAAUUUAUGAUGCCGUAA